AUGGCUAGUGUUUUUUCAGCCAGUAAUUCGACAUUAAGUAACACUACUCGGGCUUCAGAUGUUUGCGAUGAAAUAUAUUAUAGUGCUUUAGAGAAAGAUUUGAAGAGAAGUGCAUACUUUAUGGUCGCAGUAGUUGGAAUUUUCAGCAAUCUCUUGGUGAUAUUCGCAGCUAUUAAACACAUAGAGCGCAAGAACCUGCAUCACUUGAUCAUCAACAUGGCCGUGUCAGAUACUAUUUUUAUCAGUGUUCUGACUUACGAGAACUCUAAAUGGUUGUUUAGUGUUCAAAACAUUUAUCCUUAUGGACUUCCUGGCGAUAUCUUAUGCAAGGCUAGAGGAUUUCUUUUUGAAGUGUCGUACAGAGUUUCCUUGGUCACUCUGCUUGUUAUCAGUAUUGAACGAUUCAGGGCAACUAGGCUUACUUUUAAAAGAGUACGGCCUUAUACAAUGAAAAAACGCAUUGCAGUCAUCUUUGUCUGUUGGUUCCUGCCCAUGUGCCUCUACGCCUCGUACCUCAGAGCGGAAUUCGAAGCUGCUUCUAGGUAUUGCCGUUCUAACUUCGAUGAAAAGAUGUACAUUGAUGCGGUCUCUUCAUUCCUUACUGUUGUUAUCCUAGGGGUAACAUCUAKUCUUAGUGCCCUGACAGUUCAACAGCUGUACACCAACAGUCAGAAAAUCACGUUCAACAUGAUGGCAUCAGAGCAGUAUUUCUUAAGACGUCRGCGUCAGAUAAAGGCGACUGUUCGUUUAGUUAUGGCGUCUACAAUUCUGUAUUCAUGCUGCUGGCUACCUUACCUUGUGUACAAUUUCUUAGUGAGCAUGAAUAUGUUGCCGUUGAAUGACUCUCAAGAAAAUCAGCCUUUGAUCAAUCUUAACAAGCUUUGUAUAGAUGGGAAAGCUUUUAAAUUUUUUAAAGACCUUCUUCUACCUGCUCUCAACUCUUGUCUAAGUCCUUACAUUUACAUGGCAUUCUUACCUGACUUUCGAGAAGCCAUCAAGAAGCUUUUCCGCUGUUAA